UCAAUAGAAGAAGAAACCAAAAGCUGAAGCUGUGGUAACACACCAGAGAGAGAGAGAGAGAGGGAGAGAGUCACCAUGGCAACAACUUCUUGUUUUCAAGUAGUACUGCCUUUGACGACAUGUUCAUUGCCAUCUUCAACUUCAUAUUCAAAAUCAAUCAAGCUAAAACCUAACACCAUCGACAACCUUAGAAUCAAAUGUUUUGCUUCAAUUAAUGCAAGAAAUUCACCAUCUUCUUCAAAUAUCCCUAUGCCUCCAAUAAACCCUAAAGACCCAUUUCUGUCGAAACUCGCUUCAAUUGCUGCCACUUCUCCUGAUUCUCUCCUUCAAGACAGCCCCGUCAGCGGUUCUGAUACGCCGCCGUAUCUUGACAUCUUUGAUUCUCCCAAGCUCAUGGCCACUCCUGCUCAGGUGGAAAGAUCGGUGUCCUAUAACGAGCAUAGGCCAAGAACGCCUCCGCCUGAUUUGCCCUCUUUGCUUCUACAUGGAAGAAUUGUUUACAUUGGCAUGCCUUUAGUGGCUGCUGUCACGGAGCUGGUUGUUGCAGAAUUGAUGUAUUUGCAAUGGAUGGAUCCAAAAGCACCAAUUUAUAUCUAUAUUAAUUCUACAGGAACAACCCGUGAUGAUGGUGAAUCGGUUGGAAUGGAGACAGAAGGUUUUGCUAUCUAUGAUUCAAUGAUGCAGUUAAAGAAUGAGAUACAUACAGUUGCUGUAGGAGCUGCUAUUGGCCAGGCUUGUCUUCUACUAGCUGCAGGAACAAAGGGUCACCGGUACAUGAUGCCACAUGCAAAAGCAAUGAUCCAACAGCCUCGUGUUCCAUCAUCAGGAUUGAUGCCUGCUAGUGAUGUUCUUAUUCGUGCUAAAGAGGCAGUAAUAAACAGGGAUGUUCUAACAGAACUUCUGGCCAAGCACACUGGAAAUUCACUAGAGACUGUAGCUAAUGUAAUGAAGAGACCAUUUUAUAUGGAUUCUAGAAGAGCCAAAGAAUUCGGGGUCAUUGACAAAAUUCUUUGGCAGGGUCAGGAAAAGAUAAUGGCAGAUGUCUUGCCCCCAGAGGAUUGGGACAAGUCAGCUGGCAUUAAAGUUGCAGAUCCCUUCUAGUGUCGUUCCUUCUUCCUUGCUGGAGCAGAAGAGAGGAGGGUCCUGGAAUGCAAGUUGUUCUACAGAAAGAAAGAAUUGUCAAGCCCUCGAGAACAGCUGGUGAUGCUUUGUCGCAGUACAUGAGCCCAUCUUGGAUAUGCGGAGUAUCGGUUCUCACCUUUAUAAAAUCGUGUCGAAAACAUAUUUAGAGGGUAGAAAAGCCUCGGAUAUGAACAAAAAUUGUUUAUCUAUCAAAAGCAAGAUAGAAGUUCUGUACACUUUUAUCGAUCAUCUCAAGAUUCAAUCAGUUAUAUGGUAGUUUGUAUUUUGUGCUUCUCA